AUGGCUCUAGUUACAUGUGAGAAAGCUUCGAAGGUAAAGGCAUUGAUUUGUUUCCAUCUUAGCUUUAUCUUUUGGGUGAUUGUAGGGACAUAUACAAGAGUUGGACUUUCAGCACUAUCGGACUACGAUGACAGCUAUAUUAAAUCAAGAACGGUCCUGUGGUCAAAUUUUGUGGCAUGUAUUUUUAUGGGUUUACUCCAAGGGUUGAAUAAACGUGAGGUUAUCAAUAUCGAUAUAUUUGUAUGUCUGGUAAGUGGUUAUUGUGGGACAGUUUCUUCAUAUUCAUCCCUAAUAAUGGAAGUCUUUUUACACUCUACAAACUUGGAUCAAAACAUGAAACGUCUUCCCAAUAAGGGAUAUGGUAUUAUGGAGUUUCUUUCAGUAUUGAUUGUGCAGUUUUUCGUGAGCAUGAGCAGCUUUUUAUUCGGUUAUAAAUUAGCUGAAGAGUUUAAUAACCGGGUUCUGAGUGCUACGUCUAAACACAGGGCAAAUUCGUAUAUAUCCUUGGCUUUCGAUAAGGUUUACAUUUUAUCAGCAUUUCUUGCAAUUCCUUUGGUAAUAAUGAAUAUGGCUUUGGUUAUUUUAAAUGUCGAUUCAAGAAAUUGGACUCUUCCUGCCCUAUUUGCCAUCUUCGGAUCGCUAGGUCGGUUCUACCUUAAUAAAUAUUGGAAUCCCACAUGUCAGCGCUUCUAUGUUGGAACAUUCUUUGCAAAUCUUCUAAGUACCUUGAUAUUAAGCAUACUGAUAAUAGUAGAAAGAGGCAAGCAAGACACAAUGCAUCCUAUUGUAAAUUCUAGAUCUGAUUGCCAAAUAUUGAUCGCAUUAAACACAGGAUUAUGUGGUGGUUUAAGUACAAUCAGUUCAUUGAUUUAUGAGGGAUCCAGAUUAAAUUUCAUGGAUAUGCUUGCAUAUUUCGCCAGCACUGUUGUAGUGACAUAUAUAAAUAUCGUUUUGACAUUAGGAUUGUAUGCUUGGACAAAAGGACUUCUUCCUGCUGUUUGUUGA